AUGACCAUUGGAUCGAAACAUGGGGAGAAAACCCCAGAACCACUGAGAAUCACUGGAGCCGAUGAUCCCAUGACCUACACUAUGUACGCUAGGAAUCAUAACCUACCGGAAAGUCAAGGCUGUAAACUUAUUAGAAAUAUAGUCAAGGAGGACAAGCAGAAACUUCUUUGUCCAACCAAUCAAGUCAAGCUGAGAUUGCUACAUACUACUACACCAAAGUAUAUGUACAACUACAAGAUCCAGAAGGACCACAAUGGCAUCCUUCAACUCAACAAACUCCAUGGCAACGCCAACUGGAUGCAUGCCACCAAAGUCAAGAUAGAUCUGCUUGCAAUGUACAAGGUACUUGCGGAUAUGGGGAGAGGAACCCCAACACCAAAAGAUCACCAAAAGAUCACCAAAAGAUCACCAAAAGUUCAGAGUCCAACUUGUCAAUGCCCUUGA